AUGGGGGAUCUGGGCCCGAGUGGUGGUCAUCGAGGGUAUAUGAGACCAACAAAGCCUAGGAAGAAGUCAAGGAGCGCCGGACCAGGGCCUGUAGACCGCAUCAGCGAUGAAGACCGUUCGGGGACGAGACGACAAAGAGAUGACGGUAGCAAGCUUAGAUCUCCGUCGAAUGGUGGCCCAAGCAGAUACACGGACCGUCGAUACCGUAGUGCUCGUGAAUUGAAUGCUGGCGACUUGUUGGCGAAUUCUACAGGGCCGGAUCGAGAACAGCUAUGUGGCAAGGGUGAAGAGCUGGGGAGGAUUCCCGGGCGUUCUGCGGCUGUGGGUUUGCUGGAAAGCACCGAGGGAGCUUACGCUGCGGUCGUCAAGUACUCGAUCAGUGGUACGCUGAGUACUCUGGAUGUCUGUGGCGAUACCAAUUACGAGUCGCAGUGUGUGUUGGAUUUCUUCACCGACUCCACUGGCCCACGAGUGCAGUUUACCUUGGAUAGGAUGGAAAACAAAGACACGCAGAUCGAUAUCUGCAGAGACUGUGCGGGAAUCUUGGUCGACGAAAGCUAUACAUGCCUGGGGUUUAUCCUUCUAGAGGCGAGGGGUCUGCAGUUGCGUGCAAGAUACAAGGUUGGCGCUGGGAAGAGUGGGGAUGUGCUGCCUACAACGGCGUUGCAGUUUGUUAGCAACGACACAAACAAGAUUAAAAGGGUGCAGGAAAACUUGAAAGGUUCCUCCAAAGGUCAGGUUUGUAUUCUUCCUACCAAGGAAGAUUUAGAAAAAGAGCUACGAGCGCUGGGCUCGAUUGAGCAGGAAUCAAUUCAAGAGUCUCCGACAGACACUGCUAACGAAGCCAGAUCCAAGUUUCCACAUAAGGAGAGGUUCCCGUCGAUCGAGCGUUGGAGGGCCCGCUCACAUUCGCGUUCGUCCUCUGGCUCAGUCUGCAGGGUCGUUGUUCCUUCAUCGCCUGAGCGCGUACACAUGCCGGGCGUCUCUCCGAACGCAUUUUACAGCCGAAAGGGCAGUCUCCAAAAGCAUGCAUUCUCUAAUCUGGAUAUUAUCAGACAGACUAGAAGCAAAGCACCGAAUCUAGCUCAAAGCAAACUAUGGAAUUUGGAUGACGAAGGCGAGCGCGAGAUUCCCGAGAGAUUUGAACCACAGCUAUGCUACAAGUUUGAUGAUGGGGCUUCCUACACAAUCACCAAUCAAGAUUUCAAAUGCCUCUACAACCAUGAUUGGAUUAACGAUACGAUCUUGGAUUUUUUCACUAAGUAUUACGUGGAGAAGGCUGUCAGAAAUUCGGUUGUCACCCCUGAAGAAGUGUACAUAAUGUCGUCUUUUUUCUACACGAAGCUGAUAAGUGACCCCACCGACUAUUACGGGAAUAUUAAAAAAUGGGUUAACAACAGCAAUCUUUUCCAGAAGAAGUACGUGGUGGUCCCGAUCAAUAUAAAUUUCCAUUGGUUUGGUUGCAUUAUUACAAACCUGGACUCAUUGAAGAGUUUUUUUGAGAGGCUGAACGAUAGUGAAAAAGCAAAACUGAGUUCCAAAAUAGCCUACACGGGCACGGUCACUAAAUCACCAAGACCUUCGCCGGAUGCUCGUGCAGCCGACAUUAGCCACUUUUCAAGCCGAAAUAACACACCUUCAGCAACUGAAGAAGACGAUGAAGAAGUUUCUGUUAGUGCUCCCAUUGUCAAGAUUCUGACUUUCGACUCUCUCAGACAGACGCAUUCCCGAGAAAUAGACCCGUUGAAGGACUUUCUGAUAGCAUAUGCCAAGGAUAAAUACUCAAUCGAUUUGGAUAAAAGCCUUAUCAAGAUGAGGACCUGUGCAGUCCCUCAGCAACCCAAUAUGAGUGAUUGCGGCGUGCAUGUUAUUUUGAAUACUAUGAAAUUCUUUGAAAACCCUCAAGGAACCAUCGAGAUUUGGAGGUCAGCCAAGUCAAGAAGCAAGGCCAACACUAAGACAAUAAACGAAUACUUCGAGAGAAACAAGAGAAGCUCUGCGAGACGAGACCUGCGAGGUAUUCUGUGGCACUUACAAAAAGAGCAAAUCAAGUUAAUGGAAGAAAACAGAGAAGCCAGAGAAGAUAACUCUGAUAUUCAUAAGGAGGAAGAGGAAGGCGACCUUGAAAUAAUAGAAGAGCUUUCAAAGCAUGCGGAGGCACAAUCGCAUCAAAAUAGUCAGUCAGCGGAUAGACCAAAUGAGUACAACUUACAUCAACUAAUGCAAACAGAGUCGCCUUGCGCAACCAAGGCAUCUAUCGAAUGUUUCUCUGGUACUACAGAUUCCCAGCAUUCACCUGAAACAGGCAAUAGAGUACAGGCAAAUGAAAUGCCAAGUGCAUCGCACGUUCGCAAUCAAAUUGAAGGUGACUCUGUAAAAGGUAGACAGUCUCUGAGCCAAUCUUUAUCUCAAAGGAAAUAUCUCGAAAGCUCACCUAUGAGAUCAUCGAACGAAGAUACUUUGCCUGAGACUACCUCACCUUAUUUUACGACUUCUGGCUGGAGAAGCGGGCAAGCUGCCAGGGAUAACGAAAAUAAUAAGCGUCUAGUAUCAUCACGAUCGUUGGAAAGAUUAGAUAACCACGAAGCUAAAAGACGGAGUUUUCCUUCUCCAGGACCCCUGGAGAAGCCUGACCUAGAUGAAGAGAGUUCUUCUUCUCUCGCCAUUGGGACAGGAACAAGGGACUCUCAAUCUUCAGAAUCCUCAUUGGGGAAUGGCGAUAUGGUCAGCCUAUCCGAUAAUACGCAUGAUGAUGACGUGAACUUGAUAGGACGGGAUACUUUGACUCAAGUCCAAAGAAAUCUGGCCUCGGAAUUGAACGGCAGGGUGUCAGAUGAGGGUAUUCCGGUCAGUAGAUCUCUUUCGGAUGCGCCACUCCUGGCGAGAAAUAGCGUCAUAACUCAUCCACUUAAAGAACGGUGGCCUAACGGAUCGGACAGCGACCUCGUCGACGAAUUGUCCACACGCCAUCAGAUCGAAAUGAUUACUUCUGACUAG